GCAGGCGCAACAAAAGUAAAGGAAGCCCGCUGCCAUCUUUCUCUUCUUCUUUUCCGGAUUGAAGUUCCACGAGCAAGAACUUAAAAAACCGACAAAAAUGGAAAACGACGCUGGUGAACUGGUCGAUCUUUACUGUCCAAGGAAAUGCUCUGCGAGCAACCGCAUAAUCCACGCGAAGGAUCAUGCAUCUAUCCAACUGAGCUUGGCUGAUGUUGAUCCCGAAACAGGCAGGAUGACUGACACCUUCAAAAUGUACGCCAUCUGCGGUGCAAUUCGAAGAAUGGGAGAAUCGGAUGACUGCAUCGUGCGCCUGAGUAAAACCGACGGUAUCUUGGCUAAAAAUUAUUAAUUUCCAUUAAGAUCAAGGUGUAUUAAUUUUAAAUAAUAAAUAAAUCUUGAAAAAAAAAUCA